AUGCAUUGUUACUUUGUCCUUUCGGGAGAUUCACAGUUACCGGUGCUAUACCACGUUGAACGAGUUCGUGAUGGGAGGAGUUUUGCUACCCGAACUGUCCAGGCACGACAACAGGGGCGGCCCAUAUUCACCACAACCCUUAGUUUUGACCGUGAAGGAAGUUGGGGAAAGAAAGAGAUCAAGCAUACCAGGAAGAAACCAGAUGUUCCCUUGCCCGAGCAGCCAGAUGGGCUUGGACGAGGCCGAGGCCCAUUUGAGUCGAGACGGGUUGGAAUAACAAACAGAGAUUCCCCCCACGCUGCGGACAGGUCCUUGCAACUGUACAACAAGGCCCGGGGCACGAUAUCUGCAGAAGGUGGCAGACAAGCCCAUCUGACGGCCUUAGCGUACAUGUCAGAUAGUUAUUUCAUUGGCACCGUAUCCAGGGUCCACAAUAUCCGCCGCUUCUCAUCUCCAGGGGCUAUAGAAAGGGCCGCUGCAGCGCUAAAGAAAGAAGUGGGUGUCGAAGAGGAGCUAGCUAAAAGAUACCUUACGGACCUCGCCGAGCAAGAGGAGCAAGAAUUAAAGCUAUCAAAACAGACCUCAGAUGACCCCAAUAUGGAAGUAGGCAUGAUGGUCAGCUUAGAUCACACGAUAUAUUUCCACGACAGGCGGGCGUUCCGUGCAGACGAAUGGAUAUUCUCAGAAAUGAGAACUCCAUGGGCCGGGGCAGGCCGAGGCCUUGUCCUGCAGCAGAUGUGGGCUCAGGAUGGCACCCUGAUCGCGACAUGCGUGCAAGAGGUAACUAAAAAGAUUCAUAAUCUCUGCUAUAUUUCUUUUUCUAUCCGCCCUCUCUCUCCAAAUCUCAAAGCACCCUUGCAAAGUACUAGACCAGACGGCUGA